CUCUCCAAGUGAUUACAAGGGUGAAAAAAGGCAGAACUAUAUAUCAGGAAUGCCUUUUUGCUUCAAUGGGGGCUCCAAAAUGGUGAAUUUCAAGGGGGGGAGGGUAAUUUCGACAGUCCCCUGAAAGGAGUAGGCUUUUUAAUAUUUGCCAGCGCAUUUUUAUAUGUAGCUGAUAGAGCAAAGCCUAUUCUUUCCUCUCCAAGUGGUUUCAAGGUAGUAAAAGCAGAAUUAUAAUCAGAAAUGAGUUUUUGCCUCGAUGGGGGCUUCAAAAUGGUGAAUUUUUCAAUAAUAGGCAAUAAUGCAAAAGGGAUGGAGUAAUUUUGACAGCCUCUCGGAGAGGGUAGGCUUUCAUUUGCCAGCACUUCUUUAUAUGUGGCUGAUAAGGCAAAACCCAUUCUUUCCUCCCUAAGUGGUUUCAAGGCAGUAAAAGUGAAAAAAAUAUAUAUUAGAAAUGCCUUUUUGCCUAAAUGGGGGCUUCAAAAUGGUGAAUUUUUCAAUAAGUAUGCAAUAAUGCAAAAGGGAUGGGGUGAUUUCAACUGCAUCCCGGAGGGAUAGGCUUUUAUCAGCACUUGUUUAUAUGUAGCUGAUCAACUGAUAGAGCAAAGCCUACUCUUUCCUGUCCAAGUCAUUGAAGAAAAUAAAAUUGGCUAUACUAUAUAGUAGAAAUGCCCUUUUGCCUCAAUGAUGGUGUAAUUUCCAAAAAACAUAGGCAAUAAACAUAAUAUAGAGGGGGAGAGGUUGACUCAGACAGCCCCUGAGAGGGGUAGGUUUCAAUGUGCAAGCGCUUCUUAAUAAUAUGUAGCUGAUAGACCAAAGUCCACGCUUUCCUCUCCAGGUAAUAGCAAGAAAAUAAAAUUGGAAGUAUGAUAUACAGUGUGUAUCAAAAAAAAGUUUACACUUUGAAAAAGCCCUGGGAAUUAAAAAUAUACAACAUAUGGGUAUUUUUUUCACAUAUAUUCUUGUGUUUGGGUCUCAUCUAUCCAAUGAAAGUAAAAGUUAUGACAGAAUGUUACACUUGAGUGAGCACUGCCCAUUUUUGUAAAGCUCGCAGAAAUGCUUGUUUUCACGCUGUGUCAAGGGGGAAGGGCGAAAUCAAACUUACCCUGCAAAAUAUUUCUCAUAUUUCUGGGGGCUUGUCCCAACGAGGUUUUUCUUAGGUAAUUUAUAGGACCUCUCGCAGUCACAUGGGUAUAUUGAUUAGAAAUUAAGAAACAAAACAACUCAAGACAAUAACAAUGGAGUUAUUUCUUUAAUGCAGAUGUUUGUAAAUAUAUAUGUGUAAAUAGUAAUGUACAUUUGACCUCAUUUGGGUGAAGUAAGUUUUUGCAAAUUGAUAGAGACCCUAUUUUCAAACAUGGAUUUAGCAAGUCUUAUGGCAGCUGGUAAAGAGUUUGGGUUAACUGGUGAGGCUCUUAAAAAUUUUGUAUCAGAUGAACAGAAAAAGCAAAGAGAUGAGAGAGCUGAGUUGUUGGAGUUAAAGAAACAAGAAAAAGAAACGGCAGAAAUACAGCUAGAAAUAGAGCGUGAAAAGAAUGUAAAAGGUGAAUCAAAAUCUGUAGGCCAGAAAGCCCGCACUCCCAAACUACCACCAUUUCAUGAGGACAAAGAUAAUAUUGAUGCUUACUUGCAGCGAUUUGAGCGUUAUGCAGAAACCCAAAAUUGGCCGCGCACCGAUUGGGCAAUUAAUCUAAGCGCUUUGCUCACAGGAAAAGCUCUUGAUGUUCAUUCUAGAUUAACCAGUGACGAAGCUAAAGAUUAUAAGACUUUGAAAACUGCUCUUUUGAAAGCUUUUCAACUUACCUCAGAAGGAUUUCGUUCAAAGUUUUAUACAGGUAAAGCAGUUAAUGGGGAAACCGCAUCACAAUAUUCAAACAGAUUAGAGAACUACCUUAACAGAUGGAUUGAACUCUCAGGCGUCAAGCAUGAUUUUGAUGACCUAAAGGAUCUUCUUCUUCGAGAGCACUUCAUCAACGGAUGCCAUCGUGACUUGUCAAUCUUCCUACGAGAACGACAGCCAAAGACUACAAAGGAUGCCAUGAAAUUCACAGAGCAAUACCUAGACGCACGAGGAGGUGUAUUCAGAGCGCCACCGCCACAGAGGAACAUCCCUACAGGACAAACACAGCGAAUCAUUACAAGACAUGAAGGAAAUAUUCCAGGUGUGAGACCAGCAGAGCAACCAGAUCCACAAUGGACACUACCAGAGACCGUCAUUCCAGUCUGCGCAGUACAGACAAGAGCACAAGUCCAACGAGAAGGCAAGCCAUUUCAUCCACUCAAGACUCCACAUCCAAUGGAAGAAGUCGUCAUCCCAUCAGUUCUCAAAGAAACACAACAGAAGGAUGAGACUCUACAUCGACUGAGAGAACUGGCUGAUGCUGGAACAGAGAAAGUAAGUCGUCAUCGUAAUAAGUCUUCCUUCUUCUAUAAAGACGGGAUUCUAUACAGAUCCUUCCUUUCUUCCAAGGAUUCAGAUACAGUAAUCACACAAGUUGUUGUUCCAAAACAAUACCGUAAGCAAGUAAUGCAGACAGCUCAUGAGAAUCUUCUAGGAGGCCACCAAGGAGCAAAGAAAACCACAGAAAAAAUUCUUACCAAUUUCUUCUGGCCCGGUAUGAAUUCUGACAUUAUCCGAUAUGUCCGAUCAUGUGACAUAUGUCAACGCACUUUAGCUAGAGGCAGAGUAACAAAGGUCCCAUUAGGAAAGAUGCCAAUCAUUGAAGUCCCCUUUGAACGUAUAGCUAUAGAUAUCGUUGGACCAAUACAUCCCAUGACAGAAAACAAAAAUCGUUACAUUCUCACAAUUGUUGAUUAUGCCACUAGGUAUCCUGAGGCGAUUCCACUCCCUAGCAUCGAAACGGAGAGGGUAGCGGAGGCUCUUGUAAGCGUCUUCACCAGGGUCGGAAUUCCAAAGGAAAUGUUGACAGAUCAAGGAACACAAUUUACAUCGGAUCUCAUGAAAGAAGUAAGCAAGCUACUGUCUAUACGCCACUUCACGACCUCACCAUAUCACCCAGCUGCAAACGGUCUUGUUGAAAGAUUCAAUGGAAGCUUAAAGCAGAUGCUGAAACGUAUGUGUGCCGAGAACCCAAAGGACUGGGACAGGUAUAUCACCCCACUUCUAUUUGCAGUCAGAGAGGCACCUCAGGAAAGCAUGGGAUUUUCCCCAUUUGAACUUCUCUACGGAAGGAAAGUUCGUGGACCCCUCGACAUCCUCAAAGAACUCUGGACAGGUGAAGCUGAGACAGCCGAAACCAAGUCUACCUACCACUAUAUCUUGGAUCUUCGGAACAGAAUCGACGAGACUUGUCGCAACGCUCAUACUCAACUACAGAAAUCUUCAGAGAGAUACGCAAGGUACUACAAUCAGAAAGCCAAACACAGAGAAUUCCAAGUUGGAGACAGAGUACUCCUUCUACUGCCAACAGACCGAAACAAGCUUCUUCUGCAAUGGAAGGGCCCUUUUGAAGUUGUCUCCAAAAUAAGCGUAACGGACUACAGAAUCGAUUUGAAUGGUAAACCAAAGGUAUUCCACAUAAAUCUCCUAAAGAAAUAUCAUGACAGAAAUAACACAUCUCCUUCUCUUUCAGGUACUGAGACAAUUUGCUCCGCAGUGAUUGAAUGCGAGGAUAAUGCCGAAGAUGAAGACACACCAUCUCCACCCCAACUAACAAACAGAUCUCUCUUGCAGCCAUUUCCAUUACAGGCCAAGGAAUCACUUGCUGAUGUUACCAUUAAUCCAGAUCUUUCUCCCUCACAGAAAGAACAGGUCAAUGCACUUCUCAACAACUACAAAGACGUCAUGUCAGAUCCGCCGAAUCGCACAUCACUUGGCGAACACAACAUCUUACUCAAAGUCGGUGAUCACAAACAGUUAAAGAGUAAACCUUACCCCAUUCCUCAUUCUCUUAGGGACACUGUCAGAGAUGAAGUGAAGACCAUGCUGUCUAUGGGGGUUAUAGAACCUUCAGAUAGCCCCAUAGCUUCCCCAAUUGUCUUAGUCAAAAAGCCUGAUGGUAGUAACCGUUUUUGCGUGGAUUAUAGGAAGCUCAACAAGGUCACUGUAUUCGACGCUGAACCCAUACCCGAUCAAGAUGAAUUAUUCACAAAAGUCGCACAUGCCAAAUACUUUACUAAGAUAGACUUAAGUAAAGGCUAUUGGCAAGUUCCUAUGUCACACAAAUCAAAACCACUAACUGCCUUUCUCACUCCUGAUGGCCUUUUUCAGUUUACAGUCAUGCCCUUCGGCUUGGUGAAUGCGCCUGCCUCCUUCAGCCGAAUGAUGAGAAGACUACUAAAAGGACUUGAUGGAGCUGUAAACUAUAUAGACGAUAUCCUGAUACACUCAACCAUGUGGGAUCAGCAUCUUGCCACACUCACCGAGUUGCUUAGCAGGCUACGAGCAGCAAAACUGACAGCCAGACCCAGUAAAUGCUUUGUGGGACAAUCGAAGGUCGAAUUUCUGGGACACGUAAUCGAAGAUGGAACAGUAAGUCCUCGACCAGAGAAACUCAAGGCCAUCCAAGAAAUCAGCAGACCUCAAACCAAACGAGAACUUCGAUCAUUUCUCGGCAUGACCAACUACUAUAGGAAGUUCAUACCCAACUAUUCUGCCAUUUCCGCUCGACUGACAGAUAGGACUCGGAAAGAUGAACCAAAUCAAAUCAGAUGGGAAACCAAUCAGGAACAUGCCUUCAAAACACUCAAAGACAAACUAACCAAUCCACCCAUCCUUCAUCUACCUGACUUGUCAACAGAUUUCAUACUCAGAACAGAUGCAUCAAAUGUUGGAAUUGGAGCAGUCCUGCUUCAGACACACGAAGAGGAACGAUUCCCAGUAGCAUAUGCAAGUCGUAAGUUACUUCGAAGAGAACAAGCAUAUUCCACCAUUGAACGUGAGUGUUUAGCCAUAAUUUGGGCUGUAAGAAAGUUCGAGCCAUACUUAUAUGGUAGACAAUUUGUGCUCGAAACUGAUCAUCAACCAUUAACCUACAUGAAUAGUGUAAACCAAGCCAAUGGGAGGCUGAUGCGCUGGAUCUUAGCAUUGCAACCUUACAGAUUUCGCGUCGAAGCGAUUCGCGGCAGCGACAAUGUCGGAGCAGACGUAUUGAGUAGGUUGUAAAAUAAAAAAUAAAAAAAGUAAAAGUAAGAGCAUUUUCUCGAAGAAGGGAGUAAAAUGUCACAUUGAAAAUGCAUUUAUUUUAUUUUAUUUAUUUUCCUCAGCAAAGCUUGCUUAUUUUAUCUAAGUUUCACUCCUCAGCCAGGUUGCUAAGAGACAAGGAGUAGAUCUUAUGCAAGAGUGAGUAGGAGAUGAAAGAAGUGUGUGUGAGAUUCUUUUUGCUAGAAUUGAAUUGAGAUAAUUUGCAUAUCUAUUGUGUGUUGUGUCCAGGGUGGUAGACUUGUAUAGGUCCCUUUUAGUGAGCUCAGUGAGCCUUUUCUUUUUAACAGCUGCUUAAGAUACUUUUGGGGAAAUUGUAAAAUUGGGAGGAGACCCCAGUAGCUUUCCACUAGUUUUUCUGGCAUUGCAUCUUGGAGACUUUGUGUAACACACACCUAUGCAAUUUUGGGGCAGUCGCCAUUUUAGCUGCCAUCUUGAUAAUUUUUGAAUUUCAACUUUAAACAGAAAAGCAGCCUUUCUUGUUUGAUAUUGGCUGGAACUUUUAGAUACCUGUAUGAGGUCAGAUUUAGCUGAAUUUAUGCUGUUAUUUUAUGCCUGUAUUGAAGAAGCCAUCGGUAAGUUAAUCUGUGAUUUCUUCUUAAUUCUUUUAUAAAAACAAAAAAAACAAAAACAAAAAGAUUGAAAGACUUCAGAGAUGAUUUGAAAUGUAGAUGUUAAUCUUUAUAAACCUUAUGAAAUAGUUAAACACUUGUGAGGAAGAAUAUAAGUAUCAUAAAAGGAUGUCAUUCUACAAGUUUAUGUGACAGUGAAUUCAUACUUUAUAGACUAAUAUUCUUGAAUGUGAUUUGACCCUCAGAGUAAAUGUUCAAACAAGUUUUUAUUAAUUAUAGUAUGACAUGAAAAUAACCUCCAGUUGAUGUUACUGUUAGGAUAUAUCGUAGAGAGAUUCUUGGUUUUGUCUUUAAUUUUAGAUGGUUCUAAGAUCGGGAUAUAUUCCAAGACCGGAUAAUUUCCAGGAUCGGGACAUUUCCCAAGACCGGGUCGCUUUGAAGACUGGUGAAUUGUUUUAAGCUGAACAUUAUAAAGCGCUGACUCUGAAGGUUUUCGGUCAACAUGUCACCUGACAGAUAAUUUGUAAAUAGCAGUGAGAGAGAAAGCAGGAGACGUCCGUUAAAUUUGAAACUAGCUUUCUAAAUACCAGGAAGUCUUGCAAAUUGACAUUUCAGAAAAUAGACAGUGAUUAUGAAGAUGACCGAACAUGAACAGUUUGAUAGUGAGAAGAGUUUAUUCGAGUUUGAAUCCGUGUAAGAUAUGAUGUCGAUUAACAGAGUUUUGAGCUAGAAUUUAGGUGCAUAAUUUUUUUAAAGCUCAAGUUCAGGAGUUAGAAGGAUUUUGAAAUGUAAUCACAAAAAUGUUGUGAUAAGAGAUACAAAGUGGUGAGAAAGGAAUUCUAUGAAGGUGGAUUAAUGCAGGGUCCUUUCAUAGGAAUUUUUGGUAGUCGUUAUUGUGAAAACAAAAUGAAACAAAGUUAAAGGUUUAAUUGAUAUUUUUGGAGGUAAUUUUGCAGGUGAAAAUGUAAUACACUGAACGUUGAAGUUGUUGAUUAGAUCAGUGCAGGAUCUCUUCAGUUAUAUUGGAGUUAGAGACAGAUCGAGAGUUGAAUGUUAUAGCUUGGAUCAAUGCAGGAUCCUUUGAUUGUAAACUUUUGAAUUAGAGUACUUUUCAGAAUACUUUAUCAUUUAGAGGUGUUAGUUUUAUUUCCCUUUUAAACUUCAUACGUUGGACAAUAUUGAACUUCGAAGAGAGAUGUUUUGAUAUUGGAGUUUUGUAUACUGAAAUAAAUUGUAAAUUGUGAUUUGGUACACAUUGAGUUUUACUUGAAUUUUAUUUGGAGUCCGCCCAUGUGACAAUAGGCAAUAAACAUAAUAUAGAGGGGGAGAGGUUGACUAAGACAGCCCCUGAGAGGGGUAGGUUUCAAUGUGCAAGCGCUUCUUAAUAAUAUGUAGCUGAUAGACCAAAGUCCACGCUUUCCUCUCCAAGUAAUAGCAAGAAAAUAAAAUUGGAAGUAUGAUAUACAGUGUGUAUCAAAAAAAAGUUUACACUUUGAAAAAGCCCUGGGAAUUAAAAAUAUACACCAUAUGGGUAAUUUUUUCACAUAUAUUCUUGGGUUUGGGUCUCAUCUAUCCAAUGAAAGUAAAAGUUAUGACAGAAUGUUACACUUGAGUGAGCACUGCCCAUUUUUGUAAAGCUCGCAGAAAUGCUUGUUUUCACGCUGUGUCAAGGGGGAAGGGCGAAAUCAAACUUACCCUGCAAAAUAUUUAUCAUACAUUUCCCUUGCACUUUUAGUCAAUUGAAAUAAAAUGGAUACAUUCAAGCAUUUUGUAACAAUUUUGCUACCCAAAUUGAAAUUUCAACACUUAGUAAGCACAACCUUUACCCUUUUUGUGCCAGCUGGAUCUGAGGACAUAACUGAUUCUGAACAAAAGUUUAUAUCAGACAUAUCCAGCAUUUUUUCAUUAAGUUUUUAUCAUUACUUCUCUUUGUAUACAAAUCUCUCUAUAACCUAGCCCCAAAAUACUUGUCUGAUUGUUUAGAAAUUUAUGUCCCAGGUAGAAAAACUAGAUCCUCUGAAGACCCACUUAAAUUAACAUAUCCAACAAAAAGAAAACAGACCGGAGAUAGAACAUUCACCGUUGCAUCCUCAAUGGAAUGGAACAAACUCCCUCUCACAAUAAGACAAUCCCCAACUAUUGAGUCCUUCAAGAAAUCUCUUAAAACCCUUUUGUUCUAGGCAACUGCCUUCAUUUAAUAUGUCAUUCUGAUUUUUGUUUGUAUAAAUAAGUUAAAUGAAAUUGUGAGCGCUUUGGGCCAUGUGGGAAAAGCGCGUUAUAAAUGUUGAGUAUUAUUAUUAUUAUUAUUAUUAUCAUUUAAAGU